CGAUAAAUGAAGAACCCGCGGAGCUGGCAACUCGAUAGCGUGCUUCGUGUCCAAUAUACGCACUCUUGAGAACAGCUCUUGCCAGGGCCAACGCGACGGUGGAUCUGAACGGCACCGGAGAAGAGACACCUUCAAUGCUUAUGAAGGAUUUCCUCCGUCAAGCGGGUGGCUCCGCCGUGAUUGACGGUGGCCUUGCCACCGAGCUCGAACGACAUGGUGCUGACCUGAACGAUCCUUUAUGGAGCGCCAAGUGUCUCCUAACUUCGCCUCACCUCAUCCGCACGGUACACCUUGACUACCUUGAAGCAGGUGCAGAUAUCAUAAUUUCAGCAUCUUAUCAGGCCACUAUUCAGGGGUUUGAAGAAAGAGGCUUCUCUAGGGAAGAAGGUGAAGCUUUAUUAAAAAAGAGUGUGGAAAUCGCUUCUGAGGCACGGGCUAUAUAUUAUGAGAGAUGCAUUGAAGCUUCUGGUGCAUGCACUGGAGGUGAAAAGGUUCUCAAACACCGUCCCAUAUUAGUUGCAGCUUCUGUGGGCAGCUACGGGGCUUAUUUGGCUGAUGGAUCAGAAUAUAGUGGGAACUAUGGUGAAGCCAUCACUCUUGAAACUUUGAAAGAUUUCCAUCGGAGAAGGGUUCAGGUCCUGGCUGAAUCAGGUGCUGAUUUAAUAGCAUUUGAGACAAUUCCGAACAAGCUCGAAGCUCAGGCUUAUGCCGAGCUUUUAGAAGAAGAAGUCAUAAAGAUUCCUGCUUGGUUUUCCUUUAAUUCUAAGGACGGUGUAAAUGUGGUUAGUGGUGACUCAUUGACUGAGUGUGCCUCAAUUGCUGAAUCGUGCAAGAAAGUUGUUGCUGUUGGAAUAAAUUGCACUCCACCUAGAUUUAUUCAUGGUCUACUUUUAGCUCUUAAGAAGGUGACUACCAAACCAAUACUUAUAUAUCCAAACAGUGGGGAGAGCUAUGAUCCUGAUAAAAAGGAGUGGGUGCAAAAUACCGGAGUUUCGGAUAAAGAUUUUGUGUCAUAUGUAGAUGUAUGGUGUGAUGUUGGGGCUGCUCUGGUUGGAGGUUGUUGCAGAACAACUCCGGAUACUAUUAGAGCUGUUUACAGGACUCUUUCUAGCAGAUUUGUUCCGCCCUCGUGAUGAUCACCCUCAUUCUGCUAUGGAUAGAGCACUAAAGUUAUAGAUACAUCAAAGUUGCCAGACAGGUUGCAGGGUCCAGAUGUCCAUUUUGUUUUCUAUUCGUCCUGUGUAGAAGGAAGAGAAGUCCAUGCAAACUCUUGCACGAGCUGUGGCUCAACACUCUCUACUAUGGCAGACGAGAUGGGGGAAAUGAAGCAUGAUAAUCUUUUUUACAUUAAAACAGUCUGCUACCACGAACAAUGUGAGAGUUUUAUCCUGUUCAAUAAAAUAUUAUGUUCUGUUGUUAUUUGAAGUAUCACUCUCACUCAAAUUCCGCUAUCUUCGAAGUAUUGCUCUCA